AUGAACUCGAGUUUGUUCGCAUCGGGGUUAGGUCGUGGGACACGUAUGCACAUCGACUCGCUGGCGGGAUCCCCAGAGACCCCGCUCACAACAACACCACGCCGACCGGCGCCGCCACCGCAGUAUUUCGGACGGCACCAGGUGGGGACGCCUGCACGGUAUCCAGAUGCUCGCCAGAAGAAGUUGUCGAUACGCCCAUUCGAUAGAAAAGAAUUGUACGUUGGGCUAGGCUCGGGUUUCCUGGAGUGGGGCCGCCGUUUCGAGCGCCAAAACGUGGAGGUGGAUCUGUUGGGACACUACCUGUCCGGAACCGCGGAGCAGUACUACAAUAAGCAAGUGGACAUACGAAAAUCACGCCUGCGCAGGCGAUGA